GCGAUUAACAACGUUGAGCCAAAUUUCAGUUCCCAUCGUUUCUGUUGAAUCAUGGCUCUCGAAGACCUCGUCAAGUUGGAUCUGCGCGCCGGAUAUGGCAAAGCUUCACUCGACCAUCAGGACCUUCUCGCCUUCGACGACGCAUUCGGAUCCAACCUCAAGUGCCACACGCAGCUGGCCUUGCCGCCGUUUGCGAAUCCCAAGGAAGGGAUGGCAGCGCUGCUGAAAGACGACGCCGGUAAGCAGAUCAAGAUCCGCUUCGACAAAGGUACGACAACGCUGGCGUUCAAGUACAGGGGCGGAGUCAUCGUGGCGGCCGACUCGCGGGCCACGGGGGGCGAAUACAUCGGCUCACAGACGGUGAGGAAGAUAAUCGUGAUCAACAAAUACAUGCUGGGAACCAUGGCCGGCGGGGCUGCGGACUGCGUCUACUGGCAGCGCGUCCUAGCCGAACGGUGCCGCAUCUACGAGCUCCGAAACCGGGAACGGAUCUCCGUGGCAGCUGCGUCCAAGCUUCUGGCCAACAUACUUUACAACUACAAGGGCAUGGGCCUCUCGCUGGGCGUCAUGAUCUGCGGAUGGGACAAGAGUGGACCCGGCCUCUACUACGUGGACAACGAAGGAAACCGGCUUUCGGGCAAUCUCUACUCGUGCGGUUCCGGAUCGACGUACGCGUACGGCAUUCUCGACAACGGAUACAGCUACGACAUGUCGGACGAGGACGCCUUCGAGCUGGGCCGAAAAGCCAUUUUCCAUGCCACCUUCAGGGACUCCGCCAGUGGUGGCAUUGUGCGCGUGUAUCGCGUCAAAGAAACCGGCUGGGAGUGCAUCAGUGAGGAAGACUGCAAGGGCUUGUACUACAAGUACGAAGAGGAGAAGAUGCAGUGAU